UUGAGAUUAAACGGACUUUCAUUCCUGGCCAGCACCGUGGUAGAGACUCAUCAGACCACCAUUGAAGUGCACAGCUGAGCCUUCUUCACAGGGAGGAGACGUACCCAGCAUGGCUUCGCCGGGCAGCUUUUAGAUCCAUCCCAGCAGAGAAGCAAAGUGUUUGGUGGAUGAACAGCGUGCAUUAAGAGCUAUGGAAAGACUUCCUAUGGCCAGACUUGACUCCCGAGAGUUUCCCGACCCAGGGUCAGCCGUGCACCCUCCUCGGAGCUGCCCACCCCCACAGAGACCACCCUCUUCAUGGAAAGCCCCAUGCCGUGGCCCCCUGGUGAUGGCAUCCGACAGUGACGUGAAGAUGCUGCUGAAUUUUGUGAACCUGGCGUCCAGUGACAUCAAGGCAGCCCUGGACAAGUCCGCGCCCUGCCGCCGCUCUGUGGACCACCGCAAGUACCUGCAGAAGCAGCUUAAGCGCUUCUCGCAGAAGUACUCCCGGCUCCCACGGGGCCUUCCUGGCAGGGCUGCUGAGCCUCACCUGAGAAGGGGACCUGAAGACCUCCCCGGGCGGCUGCCCCUCCAUCCCUCCGUCCCUUGUGGCCCGGAUUCCAGCCUUGGUGGGGGUGGGGGCUGCAAGGAGAAGGCUCUGGGGAGUUCUUUCGGGGAGGAAUGUCUUUCUAACGAGCAGAGCCUCCAGGGGCAGGGCCUGGGAGCUGCCAAGCCUGGCCAGGUGCCCAUGAGGAAGAGACAGCUGCCCGCUUCCUUCUGGGAAGAGCCAAGGCCCACCCACAGCUACCCUAUGGGGCUGGAAGGGGGACCGGGCCCCAGGGAGGGACCUCCCUAUGAGAAUAAAAAAAAUUGCCAAGGCUUGGAAUCCAUGGUGCCUGAAGCCGCUCCAGGACCUAUGUCCCCAAGGGCACUGGCUGACAAGGAGCCACUCAAGAUGCCUGGGGUCUCUUUGGUGGGCCGUGUUGAUGCUUGGAGCUGCUGCCCCUUCCAGUACCAUGGACAGCCCAUCUACCCUGGUCCUCCAGGGGCCCUGCCUGCAAGCCCCAUCCCUGGCCUGGGCCUGUGGAGGAAAAGCCCGGCCUUGCCGGCAGAGCUGGCCCAUUUCUGCAAGCAUGUGGAUGGCCCAGGGCAGAAAGUGCACAGACCUGUUGUUCUGAAGCCCAUCCCCACCAAGCCAGCUGUGCCCCCACCCAUUUUCAAUGUCUUUGGCUACCUCUAGCUAGGCUGCCAGGGCCUGGGCCUCUCCUCCACCCUGCAGGACAUCAGGGACCCAAGGAGCUGUCUUUGGGAGGAGGGGGCUGGGCAGAGGUGUGGCCUGGGUAUUCCAAGCACCCCUUUCCUUUGUGUAUUCUGAGGGCAGUCUUGGGGCGGGAGCUUCUCAGGCAGGCACCAGCUCAGCCCCUGCCACUGGACUCAGCUGGCUUCACCCCAGCCCAGCUAGUGCAUGGCAGAUCUUUCCCUGUUCCUGUGCUGACCAUAGGCACUGGGACCUGGUCUGGCCCACCAGUCAC